AAAAUUAAUUAAAAAAUAUUAAACUAAAAAUUAAAAAAAAAACCAAAUAUGAAUAAACUUAUUUUUACCAAUAAAAUCAUAGGCUAAAAUCUUAGAUUUUCAAAUCCUUGCUUACCCAAAAGCACCAUUUAAUUCAGUAAAUAAAGUAUGUACAAACCACUUUGCUAAUACUAAUUUACUAAAUAUCGCUUUGGAAGUAAGUAGAUUUCAUCUGGAAGACCUCAUAUAGAUCCUGUAUUUUAACAGUAGUUAUAAAGUUCUUCAAAAAAAAUUACAUAUCUUUUAGUAGGUGCUGGUGCUUUAUUAGGUGGGUACUUCGGAUUAAACUGGAUCAAAUAAAAAAGUUUAAUUCUCCAAGAAGAAGAAUAAUAAUAAUAAACCAAAUAUUAAGUUGAGAAAGCUAUAGAUAACGAAGAAUACUCUGAGGAGAUAGCUCUGCUUGAAAAGGAAGUAAUGGAGAGUAGCUAUUUCUCUUUAGAAUAUGCUUUUAUUUUACACUUCUCCUAUGUGAAACUUUAAAUGUUUGAUAAAGCAGAGGCUUUAGAAUUGAGGAUGAAGCAAUAUUACCCAAAACAAACCUUAAUAAUAUAGCGUUAUAUAGCAAGUCAUUACCUCGCAAACUAAAAUUAUGUAGAAGCACUUAAGCAUCUUAUAUUUGCUGCAAGUAAUUAUAACAAAGUAAGUCAAGAGGAUAAAAACCAUAUAUAAAAUGAAAUAGAGCCUUACUUAAAGGAUAUAGAAAACGCAGAGUAGUUAUCAGACAUGACAAAAAAAGACUUGUUUUAAUUUUUAGGUCAAAUAUACAGCUACCUGCGCUUGUAUAAAGAAUCAGAGUAUUUCUUUAGAUAAUCUGUUUCACUUAAGCCCCAAGAUAUUUUAUCUUAGUUUGAAUUAGCAGUUUCUUUAUUGCACUAAUAAUAUUUUGAUGAGUCAGAACAAAUCCUUUAAGGCAUCCUAUAAAAACCAAACAUAGAUAGUAAUUUGAAAACUCUAGCAGCUGAAGAGCUUUCUAUUAUAUACCUUUGCGAAAACAACUAAUAAAAGGCUUUAGAGGUUUGCUAAAUGUUGAAUUUAGACAAUGAACAAUAAUGCAUCGAUAUGAUAGAAAGAAUAAAAGUAAAAUAGAAAAAAAGAUAGGGAUAAAAUUGA